AUGAAUCCGUCAGGAAGCAGCAGACAAGGUGAAGCCAGCACUCAUGCGGGCUUAUCCAAAGUAGCACGCAAAACAGGCACUCCUCAUAGCGCCGAUGCACCUUCAAAUGACGGACAUCGUCCCAACACUUCGAGGAAGGUGGCCACCCGGAGUGGCCCUCCAUCUCACUCGGCGCCGGCGCGCGCAGUCGCGCCACAGCCCACUCGUCGGACUGUUGCAAAAUCCACGUCUCGCGUAGUAAACGCGCAUGCUCAAAAUCCGCCUUCAAACGCGCCUAUGAGGCAGCACGCGGCUCCUCGUCUAACGGCUACAAAACAGGUCCCCGUCGGACGUGGUGAGGAUAGGUUCAGGGCGCCUUCUGCGCAUGUCCCGCCAUCACGCUUGCAUGUGGACCUCACCACGAAGUCCUCGCCGUUGCGGCCGCCAUGGACGACGCAAGAUGAGGCCCGCCCAUCAUCCAUUGGCCACGGCUCUCGUGCACAGAAUGGCUUUGCCGGACGGUCCACCGCGCCGCGAAUGAUGGCGUCCGCUGCCAUCAGACGGCCAGAUGUAGCAGCUGCACCGUUAGGACUGCAUGCGAGGGACCAUGGCCACACGUUCGACCGAACUUCCGGGGAAGACGCCUUUUACUUGGAACGAGGCCUUGUAUUACGCCGGUUGGGUGGUCUCGGCGCAGAAAUCCAACGUGAUCAAUCGGCAAUAGAGUCACCGCAUCCGAUGGAACACCGUGCGGGACCGUCGGCUUUGAGAACCGACAGGCCGGAAAGGCAGUUUGGAAGGAAAUCUAGCGGGUUUCCCAAAAAAGCACGGAAGAAAGUCAUUGACGAAAACCAGGAAGAAAUUCCGGAUACUUCGGAUUCAGAAAGUGAGGAAAGUGAAUCGGAGGACAUUGAGCAGCUGACGGCUGCCCUCGAUGCCCUCACCUUACCUACGACACGGAUGAAAGAGUAUCGACAGCUACCAUUCCUCUUGCGAAACCUCCGCAAAGGCUUCAGGCAUCGUUGCCAAUUGCUAGGAGUGAAGAUGGAGCCGAAGACUACCCCGGAAGCUCCCAUAGGCGUAUUGUAUAGGUAUAAUUUGGAUGAUGACGAUAACACUGUAACGUCAGCAGACUCAGGAGAGUACGACUACGAAGAGUGGCAGGGGCAUAUGCUGCAGUGGGAUUGCCCAUUAUGCCAGCUACAUCCGUCCUUUGAUACCCGAGAGAUGUUACGGUUCCAUCUUCAAUGCGAUCAUGCCGAGGUUCAAGUUCUGUGGAGAGGAAUCGAGCGGAAUGGCAAACAAACAUGGCAGAUUGUGCUCACCGUGUCAGAUAUCGAUGACAAUGUUUCAUCUGAAGAUGAGGAAGAUGAUGAAAGCGACUUGGAUAGCCAAGUUCCUGGACAGGUGCCUCUCAAAAAAGAAGACGAAGAGGACGAACUCGAUGAACUACGUUCAACUCCGUCGCGGACGCCACGUCCAACGCCGUCGUCAGCUGCGGAUGUGGAUGAGGUGGAUGAGGCACUCCGCAUGUCUGGUUCAGCCCCGGUUGCGUCUCCUCCGCCUAUGAUCCAGCCAGAGUUGCUCUCUCCUGAACCCCCGGUGUUCAUUCCCAAGAAAUUCCGGGCAGAAUCGCCCACUCCAGCCACCGCGCCUCGAGCGGGAAGAAUUGCACAGCCAUCGAGAGGCUCGCUGCCAGAGCGUUACCCGACUCCUCCCCCGCCUGACGACCUGCUGGGUCCGUCCGCUCAGUAUCCAUAUCUCCCGGAUGGGGCGAAUGCCGAGGAGUACUACUCUUGUAGGCCAGGAGGGCCACGAAUAUACGAUCUCCUGAACGCAUUGUCGCUUGAGCCGUUCGGGGUGCUCUCGUGGGUUAUCGUGGAUAGGGAGGAAGAGCUCUUUGAGAUGGAUGAUAUUCGGGAUGAGGACAAAGUGAUGAUGGCUCUUUGGAACAGGUGGAUCAUGCUAAACAGGACUAAGUUCAUCAUGGAACCUUACCGCAAUAGCAUCAUUAAGUUCGUCGAUCAAUACUGGCGAAUGAUCCACCGCGCUGCAGGGUGGGCCGCGCUCCGAGCUUUCCUCCUUAUGCUGGCUAGCAACAGGUUCCUCAAGGCGUCGGAGAUCGUCGAAAUUCUGAAACACUACGAAACUUACACGGGGAUGGAUCAGUGGUACAAAGAUCAUGACGCUGAGGCUUGA